AUGGGGCAGGUGCCUCCUCCCGCAGGUGGUUCCACCGAGGAGGACGUGGUCGUGGCGGCGGAUGCCAUUGCCACGCCAGCGCCGGACGCCGGAGAUCCGGAGCUAGUACAGCAGAGGAAGGGUAAUAGGAAGAAGAAGAAGAAGAGGAAGAGGCCGAGGGUGCCGACGGAGCAGGAGGUAGCCGCGCGGAGGUCCGUGCUCAGCUGGGCCUGCCCUGGUCGCGAAGCGGUGGGCGACCAUGAGGCGGCCGAUGCUGGCAGGCGGCGGCCGCGCGUGGCGGUGGAGCUGCACGCGCACUCGGCGCGCAGCGACGGCUCGCUCUCGCCUGCCGACCUCGUGGAGCGCGCACACCGGAACGGGGUGAAAGUGCUUGCGCUGACUGAUCACGACACUAUGGCCGGCGUCCCAGAAGCCGUGGAAGCGGCAAAGCAAUAUCCAAUCAGGAUUAUCCCUGGCGUCGAGAUCAGCGCCGUGCAUUCGCCUAGUAGUGACGAAACGGGAGCUGAGGAACCUGUGCACAUACUUGCAUACUAUGGUGCCUGGGGGCCUGCUAAACCUCAAGAGUUAGAAAGGUUUCUGGCCAGUAUCAGGGAUGGCCGGUAUGCGCGCGCCAACCAGAUGUUACUGAAACUUAAGGACCUUGGCAUGCCAAUGAAGCUGGAAGAUGUCUGCAAGAUAGCAGGGAAUGGAGUCGCUCCAGGGCGACUACAUGUGGCCCGGGCCAUGGUUUAUGCUGGAUAUGUGGAGAAUCUAAGGCAGGCCUUUAGCAGGUAUUUGUACGAUGGAGGACCAGCUUAUGCCACAGGUAGUGAGCCCAAUGGAAAAUCUGUGGUGCAACUAGUUUGUCGAUCAGGGGGUGUAGCAGUUUUAGCUCAUCCAUGGGCACUGAAAAACACUGCUGCUGUGGUAAAGGAUUUGAAAGCUGCUGGUUUGCAUGGUAUUGAGGUUUAUCGGAGCGAUGGGAAAGUAUCUGGAUUGAGUGAUCUAGCAGAUACUUACAAUCUUCUGAAGCUUGGUGGAUCAGACUUCCAUGGACGAGAUGACAAGGAAGAACCUGAUGUGGGAAGUGUUGAUCUUCCGGUCUUGGCCGUUUUAAAUUUUCUUGAGGUAGCUAAGCCAGUCUGGCAUAAUGCAAUCAGGGAAAUGUUCUCAAGCACUCGUAUCUCUAAAAGGACUACUGAUAUGAAUGGAUCCAAACGACUUCGAAGGGUUAGUUCCGCUGGCGAUUUAUGCAUUCUGUGCCUUUCUUCUGAAGACGAGGAGCUAACAGAUGCUCCGGAGGUUGAGGUCCUACGAGCAGAAGUUGCGGACAUUGUCCUCACUCAUCAGUCCAUUUUUUAA